GGCCGUGGGAUCCUUGCGGGCUCUGCCCGGUAACCCCGGUGGGCUCCGGGGAUGGUUCGGUAGCGGGACCCCCCUCUCGCCCUCAGUCAAAUACCGGGACCCUCCUCCCAUCCCACACCGGGAUCGCCAUCCCGCCCCUUCCAUUCCCUCUGCUCCCAGGCCUGGCUCCCGUCCCCAGGACUCCCCAAACCCUUGUUCACGUGUCCCCCCCAGCAUUUCGGGGACACCUUGAUCCCAUUUUCCGUCUCAUUUUGGGGACGUUCCCGAGGAGCUGUGGCUUUGUUUGGAGCUCCUGCUUGUUUGGGGCUGGGGGCGAUUCCUGACCCCUCCAUGAUCCCCUCUCCCCAUCCCCGCUCCCCUGGCAGUGGCAGAGGCUUUGGGGAGUUUCAUUCCCAGGUCCUGGUGGCUGGAGCUGGGGCCAGGAAUGCCAGGAUAAAUCGGGUUUUGGGGACGGGGCUCCUUUGCCUGUUGGUGUUUUCCUUCACCUCCUCUGGGCUGCUGGGACUCCUCAGCCCUUGGAUUCCUUUGCUCUUGGGGAUGUAAGGAGCUGGGAAUGAGGUGAUCCAGGUUCCUGCCUGGCCUGGAUAGUCAGCAGUGAGGAAGAAAGGAUGGCACAGCCUCGGAGCAGUGGAAUUGUCUGUGCCAGCAGGGACUCACCUGCUCCCAACCUCCCAGUUCUCCCAGUAUGGACGCUGAUCCCUGGCUCUGGGGGUGUUGGGAGUCCCGGGGAGCGGGGUGCCCUGCUGGGCUCCUGCUGUCCCCGGGGUGCUCAGGGCUGCUGUGUGCCCCCAGGUUUUGUGGGGAAUGCCUGCAGCCCUGCCUGCAGGUGCCCUCCCCGCUGUGCCCGCUCUGCCGCGUGCCCUUCGACCCCAAAAAGGUGGAGAAGGCUUCCAGCGUGGAGAAGCAGCUCUCGUCCUACAAGGCUCCCUGCAGAGGCUGCAGCAAGAAGGUGACCCUGGCCAAAAUGCGCUCUCACGUCUCGUCCUGCGCCAAGGUGCAGGAGCAGAUGGCCAACUGCCCCAAGUUUGUUCCAGUUGUCCCCACAUCCCAGCCUAUUCCCAGCAACAUUCCCAAUCGCUCCACGUUUGUGUGUCCGUACUGCGGGGCCCGGAACCUGGACCAGCAGGAGCUGGUGAAGCACUGCAUGGAAAACCACAGGAAUGACCCCAACAAAGUGGUGUGCCCGGUGUGCUCGGCCAUGCCCUGGGGGGAUCCCAGCUACAAGAGUGCAAACUUCCUGCAGCACCUGCUCCACAGGCACAAGUUCUCCUACGACACUUUCGUGGAUUACAACAUCGAUGAGGAGGCAGCGUUGCAGGCAGCCCUGGCUCUGUCCCUCUCUGAGAACUGAGGCUGAUCCUUCUCCCUGCCCUGGCUCCUUCUGCACAUUCCGGGAGCCCUUCGGAGCUGCCUCUGUUCCUGCUGCUCUCCAGACAAAUCCCACCUUGUUUAAAAAGGUGGAGCCUCUUCAGCUGUCAGAGUGAGUGAGCAGAGAGCUGUGGAGAGAGGAGCUGGCGCCGCUGGGCUGGGAUCAAUCCUUGGAUGGGCAUUUAAUAUCCAUGUUGGGAGCAUAUCCCCGUGUCCAGAUCUAUUUAUUAUUAGAUGCUUUUUGGCACACUCCUCCCUGCUCUCUGUUGCAACAGAAUAGGUGCCUGAAACUGAUGGAUUGGAUGCCAAACACCCUCAUUUGGGACUGGAGUCAGCCACAUCCUUUCAAAAAGGAGGAAGGCAGCACGGAGCAUCUUUUUUUAAACUCUCCAAGGAUUUUUCUAGAGAUGUCAGGCUGUCCUGACCGCCCUGUGCUGGAGGCUGGAGCUGCCUUCUUCACCUGAAUCCCAGGAUGAGACUGAAGAGUGGUUCAGAGGAGCCCUCGAGGAUGGCAUCCAGCAUCCAGUGAAACCCUCCCUUCCUCGUUUUGUACCGGCUCUUGGAAUACCAAAUCCUUGUGUUUUUCUACAUGAAGCAGCGCGAAGCCUUUUCCACGUUUUCUAGAGCGGGGUCAGAAGCUGUUCCCCUUCACACUGCAAUAUCUGCCACCUGGGACAAGAGUAUUUUUAUGGAACAUUAUUAAGAAAGUUUAUUUUUUACACAA